AUGGAGGAUUGUGUUAGGUAUUGUGGUUUGGGUGGGGGGGGGGUAUUUGUUGGUAAUGGGUGUGGGGUUGUGGGUGGGGGGGGUGAGUGGGGAGGUGGGGGUUGGGGGGGGGAUGGGUGGUUUGUGUUGGUGUGGGUGGGGGGAGUGUGUGGGUGGUGGUUGAGUGGUGGUGUUUUUGGGGGGGUGAUUAUGGUUGUGGGGGUGGUUGGGGGGGGUUGUUGGGUGGGGGUGGUUUGGGUGGGGUUGGAUGGGGGUUUGUUGGGGGAGUUGGGGGGGGGGGGGUAUGUUGUUGGGGGGGGGUUUUGUGGUUGUGGGUGGGGGGGGUGGUGGGUGGUGGGGGUUUGUUUUGGUUUGGUGUGGGGGGGGGGGGGGGGUGUGUUGGGGUUUGAUUGUGGUAUGGGUGUGAUGGGGGUUUGUGUGGUGUGUGUGUGGUGGGGGGUUGUGGUGUGGUGUUGGUUUUGUGUGGGUUUUUGUUGUGUUUGUGGGUUGGUGUUUGGUGGGUGGGGUUGGGUGUGGUUGUGUAUGUUUGUUAAUGAUUGGGGGGGGGGGGGGGUGGUGGUUGUGGUGGUGUGGGGAGGGAUGGUGUGGUUGGGUGGGUGGGGGGUUGGGGGGUGGUUGGGUGGGGGGGUUGUGGUGGGGUUGUUUUUUUUGGUUGGGGGGGAUGGAUGGAGUUGGGGUUGUGUGUUUGUGGUGGUGGUGGGGGGUGGGGGGGUCGGGGGGGGGUGUGUGGGGUGGGGGUGUGUGGUGUGGUGGGUGUUUGGUGUUUUGGUUGUUGGGUUUGGGGUGGGGGUGGGGGGUUGGGGGGUUGGGGGGGUGGGGGGGGGGGGUUGUUGUUGGUUUGUGGGGGGGGGGUUGGGUUGUUUUGUGGUUGUUUGGUUGGGGUGUGUUGUGUGUGUUUGUUGGUGGUGGGGUUUGGGGUUGGUGUGGGGGUGGGGGGGGUUGUGUGGUGGGUUGUUUUUUGGUGGGGUUUGUGUUGGGUGGGUUGUGUUGUGGGGGGUGUGGGGGGGUGGGGGGGUGUGUGUGGGGGGGGUGGGGGGUGUGGGGGGGGGGGGUUGGGGUUUUGGUGUUGGGGUGUUGGGGGUGUGGGGGGUUUGUGGGUUUGGGGUGGUGGGUGUGUUGGUUUGUUGGGGGGUGUUGGUUUGGGUGUUGGGGAGUUUUGGUGUGGUGUGGUGGGUGGGGGUUGGUUGGGGUGGGGUUGUAGUUUGGGGUGGAGGGUGUGGGGGUAGGGGGUAUUUGUGGGGUGUUGUAUUGGGUGUGAUGAGGUAUUUUUGGGUUUGGGAGAUUGAUAGUGUGUUGGUUGGGGGUGUGGGGGUUUGGGGGGGUUGGGUGGAUUGGUGUAUUGGUGUUGUUGUGUGGGGGGUUGGGUUGGGGUUGGAGGGGUGUGGUGGGUUUGUGGGGGGUGGGGGGUUUAGGGGUUGUGGGGGGGGGGGUGGGGUGGUUUGGGGGGGGUGGGGUGGGGUAUGUAGUGUUAAUUGGUGGGUUGGGGGUGUGUGGGGGGGGGGGGGUAUUGGUGGGGGGGGGUAUGGUGGGUUUUUUUGUGGUAGUGGAUUGGGGGUGGGGGGGUGGGGGGUGUGGUGGGGGGGGGGUGUGUUUGGUGUUGGGUGGUUUGGGUGUGGUGUGGGGGGGUUGGGGUGGGGGUGGUUGUGUGUUGGGUGGGUUGUGGGGGGUUUGGGGUGUGUUUGUUGUUGUUUUUUGUUGUGGGGGGGUUGGUGUUGGGGGUUGGGUGUGUGGGUGGGGGGUGGGUUGGGUUUGGGUGGGGGGGGGGUUUGUGGGGUGUGGGGGGGGGUGGGUGGUUGUGUGGGUUGUGGGGGGUGGGGGGGGGGGGUGUGGUGGGGGGGGGGGUGGGUAGGUUGGGUUUGGGGGGGGGGGGGUGUGUGGUUUGGUGGGUUUUGGGUUGUUUGUUGGGUGGGGGUGGGUGGUGGGGGUGGGGGGGGGUGGGGUGGGGUGUGGGGGGUUGGGGGGUUUGUGGGUGGUGUGGGGGGGUUGUGUGGUUGUUUGUGGUUGGGGUGUUUGGGGGUGGUGGGGUGGUUUGUUUUGGGGGGUUGGGGGGGUUUGUGUGUUUGUUUGUGUGUGGUGUUGGGGGGGGGUGUGUGGGUUGUUUGUGUGUGUUGGGUUGGUGGUGUGUUUGGGGUGGGGGAGUGGUUUGGGGGGUGGGUUUGGGGUUGUGUUUUUGUGGUAUUUUAA